AUGACAGGACGGUACAGAAUUGUAGCUGCACUGAUGUUGGCCACAGUCAUCAUCUGUGGCAUCUACUCGCGGGAGCAAACACACAUCGAAGACGACACGUUUGAGCUGGAUGAAUCGCAGCAAGAGCGCACGAAAGAUUCUAUUUGCACAACGCACUGCGAAGAUUGCGGAUGUUUGGGAGCCUUCGUGGAGGAAGAGAACCAGUGCAUUUGCACGUGCAGUAACGAUGACGGACAAAAAUGCUUACUGAACCUUCAACGAACAAACGGAAGCUUGAGUUACACUCUGAAGACAGAGAGCUCCACUGAAAUGGCCACACAUACGGCACACAUGCGCGUACGUCGACAAAGUUCAUUGUGUCAGAUAAUACGAGCUUGGCGUGCUACACGCCGCGCUUCGAGAGCAACGGCGAGGGCUAGCCGUAAAGCCAGUCGUCGUGCGCGACGUUCAACGACGACUACGACAGUUGUCACUCCCACACAUACUGCUUCUACGACGACUACUGCCGGAACGUCAACAACACCGGCAGCUACAACGUCGACGACUGCAGCACAUACUACAACCACUGCCGCCGGAACAACAACGACAACGACAGGUGCAACAACGACAAAUGCAGCAGAUACUACAACGACCACCGCCGGAACAUCAACGACAACGGCAGCUACGACAACAACGACGGCAGCAGGCACAACAUCCACCACAUCAGGUACAACAACUACCGCCGACACAACAACGACGACUAUACAACAACAACUCCAACUGAUACAACAUCGACGACAGAAGGUGCGACAUCGACUACGACCGCAACAACGUCGACUGAUGGCUCAACAACAACAUCAGGAACAACAACUACCGGCGACACAACAACAACCACAGCUGCUACUACAACAACGACCACAGCUGCUACAACAACAACGACUUCUGCAGGAGACACCUCGACGACUACAGCGAGCACGACUACGACUAGUGCCGGUACAACACCAACAACGGCAGAUACAACAACAACUCCAACUGAUACAACAACGACGACAGAAGGUGCGACAUCGACUACGACCGCAACAACGUCGACUGAUGGCUCAACAACAACAACAGGAACAACAACUACCGGCGACACAACAACGACCACGGCAGCUACAACAACGACUACUGCAGGAGACACCUCAACGACUACUGCAGAGACGACUACGACUAGUGCUGGUACAACAUCAACAACGGCAGAUACAACAACAACUCCAACUGAUACAACAACGACGACAGAAGGUGCGACAUCGACUACGACCGCAACAACGUCGACUGAUGGCUCAACAACAACAACAUCAGGAACAACAACUACCGGCGACACAACAACAACCACGGCAGCUACAACGACAACGACUACUGCAGGAGACACCACAACGAUUAUGGCGGACACGACAGUUACCACAGUGGCAACGACAUCGACUACAGUCGAAUCAACUACGACAGAUGGAACAACAAGCACUACAGCCGAAACAACGACGUCAGGUGACUCAACAACCACAACAUCAAGCACAUCAUCGACUACCGCCGGUACAUCAUCUUCUGCGACAGAUACGACUACCACUGCAGCAGUCACAACUACCACUACUGCAAGAUCAGUAA